UGUUACAGUUCUUUUUCGUUGGGCUCUCCCCUUCCAAAACGCAUCACGUUAUUUUACUCUCCUUCAAGAAUUCUCUUAAGUGUCCUCUUAAUUAUUAUUAUUUUUCUUCCUCCCACAAAGCAAAACCACACCCUCUAAAAAAUGUUCCUAUUUCAAGAUGUCCGUCUCAAAUUAUUGUUCCUGAUCUUACCCUUGACCACGGAGACGUUCUCAUCGCCCACGCCAACGCAUUGUCCCACGACGAACGGGGAGCCUCCACCCCUCGUUCAGCUCGUCACAGCCACUCCCAUUUCGACGCCUCAUCUGACCACGUACGCCCUUCUCGUGGUGAACUGCACUUCCGACUACCCCACUCACUGGACCUUCCACCACCACCCAUCCUCCUCAAAUGGUCCCCCCUUCGCCUGGAACGUGUCCCAUGUUCGAGUCAAACGCGACGUGUUGGACGACUCCCCCGGAGCGGAAACUUUUCUCUCCGUCCUCACCUUUCAAAAUGUGUCCCGGAACGAGUUGCGGGACAGUUUUGUGGCGGAAUGUGCUCCCGUCGAGGGGGGAGUUAGCUGUGCGGGGGUGGGGCUACCGGAAAUCGUGUUGAAGGGGAGUGGUGACUCUUACAACAAUGUGACAAGGAAUCAAACCCUGGAAAAUGGGGGUGUAGGAACGAGGAGAAAGAACUGUAGCAGCGUUGAUCUUUGGUACGAUGACGAUGGCGGUAGCGGAAGUGGGGGUCACUUCUUCUGUCGAAAUAGAUCGCCACCCACGAUGAAUGAGUCUCUCCUCCUUCCCACCAUGAGUUUCAGAUACUGCUCCAACCCCACAGAGUGUGGCGUCUCUACUUCCGACCUUGAGAACUCUGUCGACUGUUGGGAACACCCCACCCGAUCAAAUAACAGGAACGCGAGGUCAUGCUACCCUGGGGUCAACCCCUGCUCCAGUUUGGGUGUGGGGUCAGAGUUCCCUAUACCGAAAGUCAUAUCUUGCUCGGCUUCCCCUCUGGUUGGAAGUAAUGUGGACGACGAUAAACUGGGGGUGGUCAAGCUACUCGGAUAUUUCCACUCACUGAGGGAGAUCAAUGGUCGGCCGGCAUCCUCCUAUGUGAACUGGGACGAGGCUGACCCCUCUGACCUCGUGACUUUGACCACCUCCAAGACCCACAUCAUGGAAAACGAGUCCCUCGAGAUUGAAUGUUCAGCCUCCGCCUACUACUUUGCUGGGGGGCUACAUCUAACCCUUAAGAGCGUCUCGGGUCGGCCCUCCUACGCAGAAAACGAACUGAGCACUUCCAUGGCGUCGGCAACUUUGGAGGAAACGCUGGAACUCUGGCGGAACCAAAUUCCUAUCCAGCGCACCCUCCUCGCCUCGAACGUCCUCCUUCCCCCCGGCGAAUACGAGUUUACCUGUUACGCCCCCAUCUGGAAUUCCACGGCCUGGACGGAGAAGAGAGUCCUCGUCUCCGUGGCAAACGUUACGUAUCCCAAUUUCGUGACGGGGAAUGGGACGACGAGCAUGGAGUUUGCCCCGAGGAGAAACUUUUCUUGUUUGGCGAAGGGGGUGCCGCCGCCUAAAAUUUCCUGGACUUAUAGAGAAGAUCGCGUCAAGGUCGUUGAAGUGUAUGGGAAAGGGAAGCAAAUGUCCUGGUCGCAAAUCACCCUUCCGGAAAGCAUGGACCCCUCCAACACGGACCACACCCUCGAGUUCAAGUGUAGGGCGGAAAAUUCGGCAGGUUUCUCGGAAAAAAUGUUCAUCGUCACUCGGAACGAUGAGUCGUUCCUCGUGUCGGCAAAAAUUGCCGGAUUUGUCGUCCUCUUGGGCUUCGUGGCGAACCUGAUCGUGUUCUUCAUCUGUUGGAAGAAGCUUUUCCAUGAGUCUGAAGAGGAAGAGGACGAGGAGCGGAAGGAGUUGGCAGGCAUCAAGUUCCUCCGAGCGUUGUGGGCGGGGCAGGUCUGCUGGCGAAAGUUGUGUCGUUGUUGUCCGGGUUAUAAAGACUCCUCCCCAUCGGCCACACCUCCGGGUACGCCUCCCUCCGUAAACGACUGUCCGCACCCAAAAUGCAGACAGAAACAGACGCAGACGGCAUAAAGAAGAUGAUGAUUUACCAUGAUCUACUCUCACUUUUGAUGAAAUUAAAAUUGCUACAGUUAAAAAUUUGGGUAUUAUGUAUUACAAGUUUAAUUUCUUAAUAAAACUCUUUGACAAUAUCUAGUCAGCUUAA